AUUGAGCAUUCGUCUGACAAAUAUAAUUCCGCUUUCUUUUUUGCGUAUGAUUGUGCUUACUUUGAUUUGCGCCACAUUUCUUGAAAAGAACGUGAUCCGGUAUCAUCAACAUCAAAGUACGAUCCAUCAUAGACAUCACUUAUAGCAACAAUAUUGAAGACGAACACAUGCUGUUGGACCAAAUAACUACAGUGUUGUCAUCGUCACAGUGAUGGAUUUCCUUGCUUCAUUAGUUACUGCAGCUGUUGGCUACAAGGACGUCCAAUGCGACGUAUGUGCUGAACAAACAAUAGGAGCCCGUUGGAAGUGCAUCGUCUGCCCUAACUAUAGCAUGUGUCAAUCGUGCUACAAAGAAAAGAGACAUCGGCACAAUAGGUCGCAUAGUUUCGUGUUUGAUACACCUGUCACUAAUAUAUUCCAGACGUUAUUAACCGACUCAGACAGUCACUCAGAUAGUUGCGCGACGAACACAGCUGAUGGACACAAUGGUGUUGGGUUUGACGUCCGCAGUGAGCGUCCUAUCCGGGGUGCCCGCUCGAAGUGCAGAGAUUGCCGUGAUUACGACAUGUGUUCAUCGUGCUACAAGAAUCUUAGAAUGGUGGAUGAAAUGGACCAUUUAUUUAAGAAAAUAAACAGUCCCUUAUUUACGGGAGCCCUGCCUGUCAACAAUAAACGUCCAUCGACAAUGCAUGAUGCGAAAUGCGCAGAUAUCGUGGACAAUAGUGUGACGUGUGACAUCUGCACUAUAAGCCCGAUCGUGGGAACCCGUUGGAAAUGCAGAGAGUGUCCUAACUAUUACAUGUGUUCCGCGUGCUAUGAGGAUCACAGGAAGAUGCACAGCAGGUCGCAUUCAUUUAGACAGAUUGAAACACCCGAAAGUCUAUCAGACCAGGUGGAAGCAUCUAGAACAACAAGCUCUCAAGCGGUGCCGAAAAGAAUCAAUCAAGCCAAUGAAGGUUCAGGUGUAAAAAGUGAUGUCUGCAAUGUCUCCUCAAUACGGGGUACCCGCUGGAGGUGCAGUUCUUGUCCCGACUUUGACAUGUGCUCCAAUUGCUAUGAGGAUAAAAGAAGAAUGCAUGAUAUUUCCCAUCCGUUCGUAGAAAAGGAAUAUUCAACCAAAAGAACUAAAGAACAAAAGGGAGAACAUGAACUACCUAAAAUGUCGUCUUGUUUGCCAUCAAAUUGGAUAAUGAUGACGCCCGAUCAACACGUAAUAAAAGUUUGUCUUUCAACAACGAGUGAGGAAUGUAGAACUGUAAUGGGCAAGUUCAUUCAAACGCUUGGAAAAAGAAUCGUCAGUAUAAACCGAGUUCAAAACAAAUUUCUUUGGGAGUUUUACUGUUCCAAACGAAAGCAGAUGGAGGCCAUAGAUGGAAAAAUCGGUGCGAACGAGAUGAAGCUCUUCCACGGAACAAAACCGGACAUAAUCCAAACUGUAUGCGCUCACAAUCUCGACAUGCGCCUUGCCGGAACAAACGUCGGUGCGAUAUAUGGCCAUGGCACCUAUUUUGCUUCCGCAGCAGAGAUGUCGGAUCGGUACGCAACGCCUGAUCCAAAAACGGGUCACAAAUUUAUGUUGCAUUGUCGUGUACUGGUGGGACGCUGGACUAAAGGACAACAGGGUUUAAUGAGGCCUCCUGAGAUGGCCCGGACACCGGAUGGUCAGGUCAGACUGUAUGACAGCUGCGUGGACAAUGUCCGUGAUCCGACCAUAUUCUGCAUUUUCGACCACGUCCAGUACUAUCCGGAGCAUAUCAUUGAAUACAAAUAAAUUACUACAACCUAUUACUAAUGAAUAUUUAGAGUUUGCCCAAUUCCUGAAUGUUUUAAUGGAUCUUGCCUUGUGCUUAUCGAAAUUUGAAAUAAUAUUUUGCUUACAUCUUCAAGAAUUUGAUUAGAUCAUACAAUAAAUAUUAUAUCCAUUUGUUAAGUAAGUAAGUAAAUUGUUAAUUAUAGUGGCAUGUACAAUAUAACAAAACUUCAUAUUAAUAUGUAAAAUAAUGUGUUAUGCAACCGACCCCAUGGCCUAGAAGUCAUAAAAAAAGAAUAUUUCAAAUUAUAUACAAUUACACCACAAACACUGAUACAUGUGAAUAAAAUAUUACGAAUAUGAAUAUGAAAAAAACAUAUGUACAGGAAUGUAUGUUUUACAGAACUAUUAAUAGAUAACGGUUCGUCUUUUUAAGUAUGCUUUAACAAUAAUUCGACAGUUUUCGUGGACAUAAAGACAUUAGUAAGUUUAUUAAUAGAAUUGUGGUUCGUCAGCUCAGAUGAUAUAGCCGCCAUGUGAAUGCGCCGUAAAUCAUUGAAAGUAUCACAUUCAAACAGAAAGUGUACUUCAUCUUCUUUACGAUCACCGUGUCACAAUUUGCAAGUCCUCUAUUUUAAAGUUUCUUCACAAAUUUAGAUUCAAUAACACGCAAACACGUAAACUGAUAUUUUAGAUUCAUACCAUUUAGUAAUAAUACAAUGAUCAAAUGUUUAAAUGAACAGAAUGAUUGACCUGUAUAAUUUUUAUUUUAUUAGACUUGUGGACAUAUUAUGUUUGUUCAAUGGAAUAAAAGGAAUAAUGUACGUAUCAAACACAAUUUUCUAUUAUUUAUGACAUUGUUGUUCAUGGUUACUAUAAUCUUGACAAGCUUCUCUACAAAGUACUUAGCAGUUAUUUAAUACGAGUAUUAUAUCGUUGCUUUUUAAUUUUUAAAACUUAUGUUCAAUUGCAACCUACCGGUAGCAUAUAUGUGAGAUAUAUAUUGUCAUGCUGGUAUUAAUAAUCAAUGCAUUGAUUGCAAUAUUAUGUCCUUUUUAGCUUUAUAGAAUGUUUAUGUACACAAAGAUUGGUAUUGCUUAUUAAGGGUCCAUGAUCUAGUCGAACAGAAAUAAACCUGUCCUCUUUA